AUGGAUUUGCUCACGCAAGAUCUGUGGGCGAUCGUACUAGCUGGAUUACCAUUAAAGAGCACAAUCACCUCCAAACUCGUUUGCAAGCAAUGGAAAUCACUCGUCGAGUCUCCGUUUUUCCGCGACCUUUUCCUCUCUCACCACCAAAACUCGUAUUCUUCUUCAUGGUCCUUCAUGUGUAGAGGUUGCGAGACAGAAACAAUGGCUCACUACGGAUCCGACAGUUGGAAUCUUAAACGUUCUCUCGGUUCUUAUAUCUCUUCUUUCCUGUCCGAAAAGUUCGAGAAUCGACAAGGUAGAGUCGUCGCUUACACAGAUGUCGGAUUGAUUCUGAUUCAUGUCGUUACUAAUCAAUCCUUCUACGUAGCUAAUCCUGUCUCAAGGCAAUGCGUUGAGAUUCUUCCUCGAGAUGGUCCUCGAGAAACUUUCUGGAUUUUGGGAAUUGCGACGAGAACACAAGACGGUGUCGUUUUGGGUUACAAAGUUGUUUUGUUGAAAACUAACUUUAGUUUCUUGGUUUAUUCAUCUGAGACUGGCUUGUGGAGUCUUGAAACUGUUCGUUUUCCUUUCAGUUUUGUCUCUCAGGAGUUUAACAAUCCCAUUAGCUUGAAUGGACAACUUCACUGGCUCGCACACAAUCUUGAGCAUCAAGAUUUUGUUGUAUCGGUCGAUUUCUACGCUGCUACUGGCACGGGUCCUGAUCGAUGCCGUGCUACGCCUUUCCCUGAUUUAGACAAGAAUCCUAAAUUCAAAAGAGUUUGCUCGACUUCUCAAGGAUUUCUGAUGUAUAUGAACAUAGUCUCGGAACAAAAUAAAGAGGAUAAGUUAUGUUUGUGGAGGUUAAAGUGCGGUGAAUGGCAACUAGUAUCUGAAAUCUCCCCGGCUUUUAUCGAAGCCAAUAUGUAUUAUAUUCCGUUGGGGAUAAACCCUAUUGAUGCGAAAACAGUCUACUUUUGGAGCGGGGAUCGGAACCACCAAUGUUUGUUAUCUGUCAAUUUACACAAUGGGGAGUUUGUGCUACACAAUGAGUUGGAACGCACCAGCGAAGGUCGCGUUCUGAGCUCUGUUGAUGGACCGAGAGAUAUGGAAUAUGUCUUAGAAUCGCACUUUUCCUCAUUUGUUCUCCCGCAGUGGCUGCAUUGUUUCCCGAGCGCGGUGAGAAAUGUUCAGAACUAA